AUGUCGUAUUCACUUCGAUUUUGUCUUCAUCCAUCGAUUAUUAAACAAAUACGACCUUCGUUUUCCGUGAGACGUUGGAAUUCAACAACGACACCACGUAAAAUAACAACACAUUAUACAAUUUAUCCAAGAGACAAAGAUGAACGAUGGAAAGAUAUCAAUAUGGAACGUUACGCAGAAGAAUACGAUGUGGUUAUUGUUGGUGGUGGACCAGCUGGCCUUUCAGCUGCAAUUAAACUAAGACAAUUAGCAAAUCAACAAAAUAAAGAAGUACGAGUGUGUGUUGUUGAAAAAGCUUCAACUAUUGGUGCUCAUACAUUAUCUGGUGCUUGUAUUGAACCACGAGCACUUGAUGAAUUAAUACCAGAUUGGAAAGAUAAAGGUGCUCCAUUGACUAAUCCAGUGACGAAAGAUCGUUUUUAUUUUCUUACUCAAAAAUCAGCAAUACCUAUUCCGAUUAUCAAAGGACUUCCAAUGUAUAAUCAUGGUAAUUAUCUUGUUCGUUUGGGCAAAUUAGCUGCAUGGCUUGGUGAACAAGCUGAAGCAGCCGGUGUAGAAAUGUAUCCAGCAACAGCAGCUAGCGAAAUUUUAUAUCACGAGGAUGGUAGUGUUAAAGGUAUAGCAACAAACGAUGUUGGUAUUGCUAAAGAUGGUUCACCUAAAGAUUCAUUUGCACGUGGUAUGGAAUUACAUGCUAAAUAUACGAUAUUUGCUGAAGGAUGUCAUGGUCAUUUGGCUAAACAACUUUAUAAAAAAUUUGAUUUAAGAAAAAAUUGUACACCACAAACUUAUGGUAUUGGUUUAAAAGAAAUGUGGGAAGUUGAUAAAAGUAAACAUGAACCAGGUCUUGUUUUACAUACAGCUGGAUGGCCAAUGGAUACGCGUACUUAUGGUGGUUCAUUUAUGUAUCAUAUAAUAGAUAAUGAUCAACCAUUAAUUCUUGUUGGAUAUGUUGUAGCUCUUGAUUAUAGAAAUCCAUAUUUAAAUCCUUACCAAGAAUUUCAACGUUUUAAAACUCAUCCAAAAAUUCGACCAUUUUUCGAAAAUGGUAAACGUAUUGCUUAUGGAGCUCGUGCUUUAAAUGAAGGUGGUUUUCAGGUAUUUAAAAAACUACAAGAAACAUUUCUUUUUAUGUUCUUCUCUGGAUGUAGUCCAGGAUUUUUAAAUGUUCCCAAAAUAAAAGGUACACAUACAGCAAUGAAAUCUGGUAUGAUAGCUGCUGAAAGUAUUUUUGAUUUAUUAACAAAAUCAACAAAUGAAAAUAAAACAAAAGGUAUAGAACCAAGUGAUUAUGAUAAUCGUAUUAAAAAUAGUUGGGUAUGGAAAGAAUUAUAUAGUAUACGUAAUGUUCGUCCAGCAUUUAAUACAUCAUUAGGUGUAUUUGGUGGAAUUUUUUAUACAGCUCUUCAUUUUGUAUUGCGUGGCAAAGAACCAUUUACACUUAAACAUGAAGAACCAGAUCACACUUAUUUAAAAAAAGCCAAAGAUUGUAAACAAAUCCAGUAUCCUAAACCUGAUAAUGCUGUUACAUUUGAUCUUUUAUCAAGUGUUGCAUUAACAAAUACAAAUCAUGAUCAUGAUGAACCACCACAUUUAACACUUAAAAAUGAUAGUGUUCCAACAACAAUUAAUUUACCUAUUUAUGAUGGACCUGAACAACGUUAUUGUCCAGCAGGUGUUUAUGAAUAUGUUGAAAAUGACUCUGGUCAACGACAAUUACAAAUAAAUGCACAAAAUUGUAUUCAUUGUAAAACAUGUGAUAUAAAAGAUCCAACACAAAAUAUAAAUUGGGUUACACCACAAGGUGGAGAAGGUCCAGCUUAUAAUGGAAUGUGA